AUGUCACUGCCUGUUUUUCUUGAAGACAACCCUGUCGCGUCGGGCUGUUCCAUCACACAGUCUAAUCCUCUAGCGACCCAGAAGCAUUUGCAGCCUGAAUACACAUCCGGGCACCCAUCACCUCCCUACGUUGAUGAAGAAGCCGAGAGUCCGCCGAAAUUCUCGGAUCCCUACGAAGAACACGCAUACUUAAAGCACCGCCUCGCCAUCGCCUUCCGAGUGUUCGCACAAUUUGGGCUAGCUGAAGGUGUCGCAGGCCAUAUCACGCUUAGAGAUCCUGUUGACCCCGAUAGCUUUUGGGUGAAUCCAUUUGGCACACAUUUCAGCCUAAUUCGGGAUCAGGACUUGAUCCGCGUGGAUCAUGACGGUACAGUGGUAGAAGGAGGAAAAAAUAAGAUGGUUAAAUUAUGGAAAGAUACUAAUGGGAUGCUAGCCGCGUAUGCAAUCCACACCGAAAUUCAUAAAGCGCGACUAGAUGUUCUCUGCGCGGCCCACUCACACAGCUUAUAUGGUCGGGCCAUAUGCGCAACCGGUCGAACACUCGAUAUGCUGACUCAAGAUUUCUGCGUCUUUCACAACGACCACGUACUCUACACUAGUUUUGCAGGUCUAGUCUUAGCACCUGAAGAUGGUAAAGGUAUCGUAAAGUGCCUUGGGAAUAAGAAGGCGGCGCUACUGGGAAAUCACGGUAUCUUGACUGCUGGCCCGACCAUUGAGGCUACCCGUCAGACUCACUCGCUGCGCCACCCGAUCCUUGAUACCGACUUGCUAGUGCUUAACUUUCCACAUAUGUUAGAGCUGGUUAGGUAUUCUAAUCGCCUGGAGGUCAUCUCACCGAAACUUGAAAGCAAGGAUAUACACAUACUGAGAAUAGUUAUUGCAACAGCGAUCACCACUGAGCCGCAAGGGAAGAGCGAGCUCUGCGACAAAUUGAUCGCCGCUGUGGAACAGGAUGUUGGGAGCAUAUCGAGUACUUCUGAAGUUGAACUGAAAGAUAUACAAAUCAUGGCCAUACUAAGCAUCUACUUCUGCCAUGUCGAAAAAGAACUGUUCGCUUGGCGUGCUAUUGGCCGAGCUGCGCGGCAGUGUUUAGAGAUGGGCCUCCACCGCAAGCAGAGCCUACCUAGUCAAUCACUUCACAGACGCAGACACUCGCGAAUUCGCCGUUCAAGUCUUCUGGGUAGUGUACGAGCUUGA